AUGCAAGCAUUUAAUACUAUCUCCAAAAAGUUUGAAUCAGAUAUUUUAAUAUUAGGAGAAAUGGAUCAAAAGUUGAAAGACAGUCAUACAAUUCUUUCCUAUAAUAAAUACUAUAUAUUAAGAACCUCUAUGCAAAUGAGAAAGAAAAGAAAGAAGACAACUUCCCCAUUAAAUAUCAGGGAUUAUUUCUAAUUGAACUGGAAAAAUAAUGAAAGCUUUUAAAGAAUAAGAAAAAUUCAUAUAAUGAAUUGA